AUGUAUUUAAUUUACAGUUUGUGUAAUACUAGUCUUGUCAUGGCGGACAAUGAAAGUCGGUUGAUUCCUUUGUUAUCAUUUGCAAUAUCUGGUAGCAAUGAAAAUCUACCGGGAAAUGGAGAUAUUGAUAUGUUGUCAAAAGCUUAUGAAACUUGUCAUGAACUUAUGGAACGAGAUUAUACCUGUGAAGUUUUGAAUAAUCCUGAUGGUCAUUUGUGUAGCACAUACCCUGAGAAAAUUAUCAUUCCAGUUAAAUCAUCAGAAAAGGUUGGAAAGUUAUCAGAAUAUGUACUGAAAGGACGUUUUGCAAGAACGAGGGGGAGGUUUGUUGUUCCUGUGCUUUUACUUGACGGAAAAUAUAUUUGCCGAUCUUCGACUCUUGCUAGGUCACCGGAAAUAUAUUGUAGGCAAAGUUAUGGAUAUUGGGUAAAAGGAGAAUCUAUGGACAUGGACACUGUUGAAAAAGGUGCAAAUGAGGAAAAGGCUGUUAUUGAAGAAAAUCAUUUUGACAAUGGCCUGUAUACCAAUGGUGUUAAUAAUGUCUCAGAAAGUCAUUCUAAUUCUCAAAUAAUUGAUGAUUCUCCUUCGGAAGAUGGUAAGAGCAAAGAAUGGCUUCUUGAUAAAAUGAGAAAUGCUGACAUUCAGCUUCUUCGUUAUCUCGACGUUGACACAAUUUUUGAUUUAAUGGUUGAGAAUAAGAAAGUUAAAUUUGGUAUGAAUGUAACUUCUUCUGAAAAAGUUGACCGCCAACGAAGAUACCUUCAUUUCAAUCUUUUAAGUGUGCCUUAUCCUGGUUGUGAGUUUUUCGUUGAAUACCGUAACCAUAAUUACUCCGGCGAAGGACUUAUGUUUGACUGGAAACAGGAUUUUGUGGAUGCAAACCUACAUAUGCCUGAUAACGUUCAAUAUUUAUCGAAUAUUAAUUGGCAAGAAUAUAUCAAUUGGGAUUUAGUUCAAUUAACUCAAAACUAUCUGAAACUGCAUCUGCAUUCUCUGAUAGGUGAUAACUCAACGGGUAUUUUGUUGCAUUGCAUUUCUGGAUGGGAUCGUACACCACUGUUUGUUUCUCUUGUGAGGCUUUCAUUGUGGGCAGAUGGCCUUGCCCACCAGUCUCUAAACGCUGAGGAAAUGGCAUACUUCACUGUAGCAUACGACUGGCUGCUUUUCGGUCAUCAAUUUACUAGCAGGAUUCCAAGUGGUGAAGAAAUUUUUUAUUUUUGUUUCGAUUUUUUAAAAUAUGUUUCCAGCGAGGAGUAUUCUAUGGUGACACAUUGCCAGAAGGUUACAGAAAGUCUGCCUGUAAUGAAUGGUAAUAAUCAUCCAACUACUAAUGGUAAUCACGAAAUGAAAAAUCAUAAUUGUUCAAACCAAACUAUACAAUCUCAAACCUUUCAAUCUGAACUUCCUUCAAUGACUAAUGGUAGUGCCGAACAUGAAGUUUCCACUGAGCAUCGUGACGCCACUGCAAUCAUGAAUAUCAAUGAUAGUUGCUGUUGGAUACCGGAAAAAGGGAAAGCUGUGAACUGGACCGCCAAUCGUUCACGAAAUAUAGAAAAUAAUGUUUCAGAUAUUGAAGGUAAUGGUACAGAUACCCAAACAGCUGUUCUGUAUGAUACUGAUGACUGGCGUAGUUGCAAUUCUAAUGGCCAUGAUGACCAAUUAUCAGCAACCUCAAUGCUCUCCUCAUUAUCAAUAAAUGAAUGUGUGAACGGAGAACACUGCGAAUUCGUUGUUACAGAAAAGGUGAACAAUGACACACAUUCUGCAACAAUGACAGUUAAAUGUGAAAACGUACGAAAAAAGAAAUUGGAAGCGGUAAGGGAUAUGGUUCUUAAAGCGUAUGAAGAAGCUAUGCAAUGGCACAGAGAGCGCGAGCAACGAAAUAACUCUGGGUUAGCAGCAAUUUUCUUUAAUCAGAUAUCUAAGACUUUUAGUCUAGUGAAGCGCUAGACUCAAUUUUUAAGUACAAUUAAAGUAAAUCAAUUGGUGGUUUAAUACUAUUUGUCCAUCUCGCAUUCAUUUAUUAUUAAUCAUUUGCUCUGGAGUCAUUAGCUUAGAAAUGAAUCAGUCCUAUUUAGCUGCUCCAUGUGACUGGUAAUAAAUUAUCGGUAAAUAACACAUCUAUGGUAAAGUUCUCUGUAAUGAUACAAUAUAUUUUUACGAAGUGAAAAGGCAUAUUUCAAUUUUUAUUGUUUAUAUGAUUAUACCUGCUACUUUAUGUGGUUCACACUUAUUUAGUUUGGGUAAUAUUUUUUACAAUAUUAAAAACAUAUUUAUUCAAAAUGUAUUAAUAUUUUCCUCCAAAUAAUUAUCUUUUUUUUGGUAAUACGAUAUCUAUAAUAUAUCAACUUUUUUGUGUGUUGUCUACGGCUAAAAUAUUGUUUAUUUUUUGUUUUGUUUUUUGAUCGUUUCUAUAUGUUAUAUUCCACCGUCUUAGAAAGGAAAGAAAAAUUUGCAAAGCUUAGUAGUUGAGUCCCAGAAAAUGUGUGCUAUAAAGUUUGUCUGUAGUCAUGUUUGCAAAAUCGAUUAUAUUGCCUGUACUAGUACAUCAAAUCAAAUAUUGAAUUUUUCUUUCUUGGGCCACUCCUUGGGGUUAUUUGCUAUUGAUAUGCCGGUUGUGCUUCAUUAAUGAAUAUUUCCUAAUUUGGCCAGAUGGACAAAAUAUAGAUACAAACCAAACAAAUGCUGAAAAUUUGUAUGAUCGCUCACUAGCUAUAGAAAAUUUGAAAUGAAUCCGUUUGAAUAUGUAGUUUUCUAUUCCAAACCUAAAUUUUCUAUAUAUUGUGAUUGUAUCAGAUUUCCAAUUUAUCAAAGCCAGAUUGUGGUCAAACAGAAAUAGCAUUCAAGUGAGAUACAAAUCUAUAGUGAUGUCAUCGUGCUGAAUUUGUCAUUUAAACUUUUGUUUUCAGUUUCUGAAGUAUUGGUAAACAGUAAACACCUUUUAGAAAACACUUCACUUUUCAUCAAGUGAUGUCCUAUUUGAAAACUAAUAUCGAAUUUUGCUAUUGAUCAAAUGAAUGAAUUAUAGAUUUGCAAUAGGGUAUCAUAAUUUCUGGUCAUUCGUUUGUGAUUAUGGCUGACUAUAUUACAGGAUUAUAAUAUAAUUGAUCACAUAAUAUUAUCAUUAAGCCCUGAAGGCCUAGUAUUUUUAAUCAGAGUUGGGUAAACGAUAAUGCACUCUUUUGAUCAAUCUAUUGUAAUCUGUCUGUUUGUUAAAUAAUAAGGUGCAUUUGAAAUGAUUGAUUUUAAGUAGCAUAUAAUUAAAAUGACAUAUUUUCAACAAUCCUUAUUCAAUGUUCAUCAUCAUAGGUGCGACAUGUAAUUUGUCAUUUGCUUUUGAUGUUAGAUUUAACAUACCGGUAAGUCACUUCAUUGCUGUAUGCAUUGAUGGUAAUAAGAGCUUUGUAAAUUCAGAUUACCACUCAAUCGCAUAGUUGCUUGAGAAUUGCUAUAUAUCAUAAUAUGAUAAGGAUUCCAUGAGUAGAAACUAGAAAUUAUUGCAUUCUUUGAGCUAAUGUCUUAAAAACUGACUUUGCACACUCCCAGGUAAUGAUAUAACUCUUACAAUAAGUGAAAAAGGAUAUUCUGUAAUAAUAAAAACUAAGCGAGAAUUUCAAGACAAAAAAGUGAAUGUCAAAAUUUGAAAAAAAAAAUUAUUUGAAAAAAUUACAAAAAAAAGAUGCUCUUCAAUCAGUUUGAAGCGAUAUUCAUGAAAGUAUUUCAAAAAAAAAGUUUCUAAGGAGUUCAAAACUAAAAAAUAUAUGUUUUUCUCAAAACAGUCCUUCAUCCCUCCGACUUCCAGUUCGGUUGAAACGCUCAAAAACACAAUUAAAAAAAAUUUUGACCUCUUCAGUGGGAUAUCUGGAAUAGGUAUUUCAAUCUUUUUUCACACUUUUGAGGUUUGUGGUUAUUGCAAGCAAUGAUGAUUUCAUGUUGAGUUGAAAGAUUCAUAUGUUAAAAUUGAUUUGGUAUUCUACAAUACAAUUAAUAUCAAUUAGGACUACAAAUUCUUAUGUGUUUGAAAUUGAAAUAUUAGUCAGAUUAUACUUUGGUAAAUUUCAGAAGUACAAUAAUUCAAUUAAUCGUUUUUACUCAGUUGAAUUAAUACUCUUUAAAACAACUUUUGGGAUGUUUUUCUUAAUAUUCUAUAUAUCAAAUUUUAAUUGAAUUCCCAAUUCGAAUGACAUUUUAAGAAAAAUAACUUCACCGUAAUUAUAUUGGAGCCAUAUAGUUUGAGUAAACUUGUGAAUUUCAUGAUCAUUUUUAUUCGAAAAUCCUGUUACAAACUGAGCCUAAUCCCAGACAUUCAAACUUAUGUGAAUGUUUUGUUUGAGAAAGUUGCCUUUGUAUAUUGAGAAUGAGGAACUAUAACAUUCCAUCGAAGUGGGUGUGUGAGAUUCUUAUGUAAGAAUCAAACAUACCAAUGCAGCAUUGUUGUUUAUUGUUCAACAAACAUAUUAAUAAUUAAUCUCUUAUGGUAACUGUAUAUUAAAGUAUGAAGUUAUAAUAUAUUAUAGCUGAGAAUGUCUUAUUCUAAUAUUAAAUCUGAUGUUUACUGAACUUUACUCAGCUAAGCCACUGCACAGCAGAAUCAGUUUCUCAAAUUUGUCAUAUUCAAUUGCAAAUUUUUCAUUAUAAAAUUUGACACAAAUAUUAUUUUGCGAACUGCAGACAAAUUUUAACUAAAAAUAAUAGAGAUAAAUAAUUCAAGGUUUGUUCGAAAAGCAUAACUUGCCCGUUAUCUUACCAUGGCUUUCUUUACGCUAAUUCAUGAGUUUAAUAAUCAAACCGAAUUGACUGCACCAGGUAUGGCCCAAACUGAAUAAAUGAAAUAUACCUAGAAUAGAACCAGUUUGAAUGUAAUUGAACUGUUAGAUAUUCCCACAUUUCGUAUUGAUUCCCCAAACUAUAAAUAAAUUGAGAAAAACUAACAUAUCAUUGAGCUAUAUUGAUUUGAAAUUUUGGUGAUAAUCAUUUGACCAAUGAUUUGAUUUUUCAAAUUUGAAUAUUUUUGUUUUUAGUGGAACGGAAUGUUCAUGUAUUUUCACUUAACAUAUGAGUGUGAUACGUUUAUAUGAACAGUUUUAUUUUCAUUGUGAUAACUUGAUUAUACAAUUAACAAUGAUAAUAAUCAGCAUUAAUAUGUUGAUUGUAGAAACAAACUUAUCACACCUUUGUAAUAUUUUUGUUAUUGUGAUGAUCAAGUUUUUGUUAACAUUGGCUUAUUCAUUGGUUAAGAAUGUCUGGCUUAUUAUUUGGCAACCACCUCAACUCUCCCCUAUGGAAUUUUGUAGGGGUGUUAGGAAUAGUCCUCAACUGACCAAAUCCAGCCCACGCUGUCUAAUUUGUUACUUGAGUUUCAGUUGAUUUUAGGAGCCCAUUCUAGCUGGCGCUCAAUAUAAAUAACAACUUUCCUAACGUAUGCAUUGCACACUUUUUGAAUGAACACUCCUAAUGACUGACAAAUUCUCUGAAAUAUGAUUCAGCAAGCACUCUCUGGCCGAUCUAAUAAUGUCUUUAAAAUUAAAUUGUCCCACCUAUUUUAGGAGACCACAUAUCCAAGGUUUUGUCAUAUAGUGCUUCAGGUGUAUCAAUUUACAUGAUACACCAGGAUUUGGGGAUUUAUUUUAUGUUUUAAUUCUUUGUAAUGGCCGUUUGAAGCAUAUCUGAGGUAACGGUAUAUUGAUCUCAAUAUUUCUUAAUAUUGUGGUUCAUAGAGAUGUGCAAUAAGUUAAUCAAUAGCUUGUUAUCAAUAUUAUCCCGUUUCAUGCUUCUGUAGUUUGACUAUCCUGAAUAAAAACAUGAGCUAAGCAAUUUUGGGGCAGAAUAUACAAGUUCGCGUUAUUGCCAUGA